UGGAAGCAGACAAAUGGCAAGAUAACUAGCUGAUAAUCUGACCAUAUCAGCCCAGCCGGAGCAUGCCUUUAAAUUUGGACCCUGAAAUGUUAACAUAAUGCUAUGGCUUGAUAUGUUUAACAUAUGCAUGGUGAAAUAUCCAUUCAAAUUCGCAAGGAAUAGAAAAUUAAGAGAGGAUUAAAAAUUCUGAACGAAUUUUGGAACUUAAUGCAUGCACUGUUAAUUCAGCAUCUAAAAACCGUUCGAGACUUUUCUAAUGUCUAUAAUGCAAAGGCCGGCAGCUUGUUCUUCAUUCAGAACCAUCAGCUACUUCUAAACCCUUUUCUAUAAAUAUCCAAGUUGGUACCUGAUUGCUUCACAACUCUCUCAAUCCUUGUAAUCUUUCAUUUGCAGUUUUCAUAAUCUCAUAGGAAACUAAAAUGGCAAACCAAAUUGUGCUUUUGGCUUUUGUAGCAAUGACAUGUUCUCUGGUCAUUGCUUUCGAGCCUAAACCACUGCAAGAUUUCUGCAUUGCUGACACUACUAGCUCAGUAAUAAGAGUAAAUGGGUUCCCUUGCUUGGACUCCAAGCUAGCACAAGCUGACCAUUUCUCCUUCGGAGGACUUCACAUGCCCGGAAACACCACAAACCCUCUUGGCGUUAAAAUUACCCCAGUCAAUGUGGCUCAAAUUCCAGGACUCAACACCCUUGGCAUCUCACUGGCUCGAAUUGACUAUGCACCAGGUGGUGUUACCCCUCCCCACACUCAUCCUCGUGCCACUGAGAUUCUGACAGUUGUGAAAGGCAAGCUCUAUGUUGGCUUUGUGACCUCCAACCCAGAGAAUAAGCUCAUCUCAAAGGUCCUCAAGAAGGGUGAUGUGUUUGUUUUCCCUAUUGGACUAGUUCACUUCCAGCAAAAUCUGGGAUCUGGAACAGCCAUUUCACAGUCUUCUCUGAGCAGCCAAAACCCUGGAGUCAUCACUAUUGCUAACUCAGUUUUUGGACCCAAUCCCUCAAUUUCAGAUGAUGUUCUGGCCAAGGCUUUCCAAGUUGACAAAUCCAUUAUUAGCAGUCUGCAGGCAAAAUUUUAGAGUAUUUUUAUGGAAGAGUUUCUGAUUCAUUUCACCCUCCGUAAUUAGAGUCUGAAGACGAGUUUCUGAUUCGUGAACAGGGCUAUUCAUUUGCA